GAACGGCGACGAACGACUAUAGGAGAGAAGAAUGGCGGUGAGAAUGAGAAGAGAGAGAGAUAAAGAAGGAGAUGGAGGCGGCUGGAACGGCGACCAGAAGCGUUGAUGGCGACCACUCAACGGCGGCGAUAACCGCUGCGUCGGAGACUCGGAGGCGAACAACGCUGAGAAUGAGAAGAGAGAGAGGGGGGAAGGAAAAAGAGAUAGAGGAGAUGGAGGCGGCGGCGGCGGAAACGGCGGAGGCGAACAGCGGCUUCAAUGGCAGCUAAGGUGGCCGCGUCGAUGGUGAACGACGGGGGAAGUGGCUGCGUCUGCGGGACUACAAUGGCGACCAAAACCAGAACAAAGAGAGAGAGCGAGUGGGGAAGACAGAGAGAUAAAGAGAAAUAUGAGGAAGUGGUUAGCAAAUUGCGGAUAAUUUUGUAAUUGAAAGAGAGGAUAAAUUUGUCAUUGAAGCAUAGUUGUGUCUAAACAAUUGUGCAAGUAGGAUUCUCCUGGUUGCCCAUGUCAACAAGAAGCAAGAGAUGUCUCUCACUGUUAGAAAAAUGCAAGGACUUGAAGCAUUUGAAGCAAUCCCAUGCGCAGGUGGUCGCAUGUGGCCUUGGAGAUAGCAGCUUCGCCCUGAGCAGGCUCCUGGCCUUCUGCUCUGACCCACUUCACGGCAGCCUCUCCUACGCAUGGAAGAUCUUUCAACACAUUUCACAACCGACAAUUUGCAUUUUCAACACCAUGAUCAAAACUUUCCUGCUCAACGGAGAGCUUAUCGGGGCCCUGCAAAUGUACAAGCAUGUGCUGGGAAAUGGAAUGUACCCUGAUAAUUACACGCUUCCUUAUGUGCUGAAGGCUUGUGCAAACAUGAAAAGUAGCCAGCUUGGAGGCUUAAUACACGGGCAUUGCGUGAAACUUGGGUUUCUGUUUGAUGAAUUCGUGGGUAAUAGUUUGAUUGUGAUGUACUCUGCUUGUGAUGAUGUGAAUGCAGCCAGGUGCGUGUUUGAUGAAGCCCCUCGCCACAGUGUUGUGUCUUGGACAGCCUUGAUUUCUGGCUAUGCGAAGGUGGGAGAUGUUGGUUCGGCACGAUUGGUGUUCGAUGAAACGCCUGUGAGGGAUAGAGGAAUUUGGGGCUCUAUGAUAUCUGGGUAUGUGCAGAACAACUGCUUUAAGGAGGGGUUACAGAUGUUUCGCUUAAUGCAGUCUGCUGGAAUUGAACCUGAUGAGGCCAUCUUUGUGAGCGUGCUUUGUGCUUGUGCCAAUUUAGGUGCUCUGGAUAUUGGGAUGUGGGUUCAUAGAUAUUUGAACAGUGCCAACUUUCCACUUAGCGUUAGGCUGGGCACUGCUCUCGUAGACAUGUAUGCUAAGUGUGGGUACUUGGAUUUAGCAGAGAAGGUGUUCUACGAAAUGCCUCAAAGAGAUACCAUAUGUUGGAAUUCUAUGAUUUUGGGCUGGGCAAUGCAUGGAGGUGGAGAGCGUGCUCUCCAGUUGUUUUCGGAGAUGGAGAAAGCUGGAACCAAACCUGAUGACAUUACAUUUAUUGCUGUUUUCACUGCUUGCAGUUAUUCAGGAAUGGCAUAUGAAGGUCUCAUUGUGUUGAGCAGUAUGUGUAAUGUAUACAAUAUUGCGCCUAAAAGUGAACACUAUGGGUGCAUAAUUGACUUCCUUGGCAGGGGAGGGCUACUUGAAGAGGCAUUCGAUAUCAUCAAGAGAAUGCCCGAUUCAAGCAGCCCCUCCGAGCAAGCUGUGGCUUGGAGGGCAUUGAUGAGUGCUUGCUGCAAUGACGGAAACAUCAAUAUGGCUGAGGCAGCAGCUGAUAGGCUGCUGCAGCUAGAACGCCACAGCGGGGUCUACGUGCUGCUUUCGAAUCUUUACACAGCUGCUGGCAAACACUACAGCGCGAGGAAGAUACGGAGAAUGAUGAGAAGCAGAGGGAUUGGAAAGACUCCUGGCUGCAGCUCAGUCGAGAUCAAUGGGAUUAUUCAUGAGUUUAUUGCAGGGGAGAUAACACACCCGAAGAUAGAAGAUGUUCGUAAGCUUCUGGAGACAAUGAACAAGCAUUUGGAUCCUUUUGAGUGCAAUCCCAAUCUCGUUUUUAGUUAACACACCCCAAGUGGAUAAGCAUGUUGGCUUCAUCAAGGUGUGUAUAAGA